AUGGGUCGCUUAAUUUUUCCCUCAACUUUUCUUACUCUUUUGUUGUCUGUUCCAUUUGCUUCAUGUUCUUGCCCAUUAUACGGCCCUGUAUUUCCAAUCCCGACAAAUCUCGCCAACUCAAAUGUCACCCAAGAAGCACUUCAAACCCUUACGGAAGCCAUUUCUACUAGCUUCGAUGCAGGGAACUCGUCCUACGGUCCCGUAGACUCCACCGCUGCCUACGCAAUCCAAGUCUUCUCCCUCGAUUCCGAGACGGCCUUGUGGGAAUACUACCAUGACGGGAUCACGCUUUCAAACACCACGGGUGUUCAAAAGCUCGAUGGAGAUUCCAUUUUCCGAAUUGGAAGUAUAUCGAAGCUGAUCACUGUCUAUCUCAUUCUCACCGAACUCGGCGACAGCAUUUGGAGCGACCCGGUCACGAAACAUAUCCCGGAGCUGCGUAACCGAACUAAAAGUCUAGGAGACUCAGUGAACUACGUGAAUUGGGAUCAAAUCACAAUGGGGGCCCUCGCCGGGCACGUCGCAGGGUUGCCGAGAGAUUUCAUUGAUCUGUUCGGCUUGUAUGCAAUCCAAGACCCCACGUUUGGCCUUCCCAUACUAUCACCCUCGGAAUACCCAGCGUGUAUUUUGACCGAGACGAAUUAUACAUGCGAUCGGGCGGCGUUUUUUGAUGCUAUCAAUGAUAGCUACCCUUCCUUUUUGCCGAAUACGAAAGCAACCUAUAGUGACACUGGAAUCAUGCUCCUCGGAUACGCCAUUUCCAGUAUCACAGGCAAACCAUUCGAGGAUAUUUUGAAGACAGCUCUGAUAGAUCCUCUUGGCUUGACCGGGACCUCAUUCUCCAAACCCGAGGAUACAAAGGGCGUGAUACCCUUCAACAUAACCGCCAGUGAAUGGGCCCGAGACUUCGGGGCCGCUGCACCCAUGGGCGGGCUUUACGCCUCCACAAACGACCUCUCCAAGAUCGGACGGUCAAUACUGAAUUCCACACUCCUGGACCAAAACACCACGCGAGCAUGGCUAAAACCAACGGCAUUCACCUCCAGUCCUCUCGGCUUCGUGGGCCGGCCUUGGGAAAUCUUCCGAGCUGUCGACCUUGGUCCUAGUAAACGACUCAUCGACCUCUAUACUAAGUCAGGAGAAAUUGGAUUGUACCAUACGAAUCUAAUCGUGGUGCCAGACUACAACAUCGGCUUUGUAACCGCAGUUGCGGGCACCGGAGCGCAUCUCUUCCUCGACAAUCUUAUCGUUGACACGCUAUUCCCAGCUGUCGAGGCCGUAGCUCGCGAGCAAGCAGCCGCAGCAUAUGUGGGGAAAUUCACCGCCCCCAAGGACCUAAAUUUAAACUCUAGUGUGACAUUUAUCACCGAUGCUACACUCCCUGGCCUGGGUAUAUCAGAGUGGGUGAGCAACGGCACGGAUUUCCUAGCUGUGCUUUCUAGUCUCGGUUUUGGCGACAUCACACCUGAUACUCUGCGCCUGUUGCCUACCAACCUGGAACGAGCGACGGGAAAUGGUACCGAAGUGGCGUGGCGCAUGAGCCUCUCUUUCGAGACGCAAAGUGCCAAAAAGGGCCCAUUUUCAGCUUGUGAUUCGUGGUUUAACGUGGAUCUUUUGACGCUGGGGAAGUUUGCAAUUGAUGAAUUUAUAUUCACAUUGAGUGGUGAUGGGGAUGAGAAGGCGGUGAGUGUGGAUUUGAGGGCUUUCAAGGUUGUGUUGGAGAGGGAGGGAUGA